AUGAUUGACACUCAACUGAUCUCGUCCUACACUUUCAAAGGACUCUUAUUGGGUCUCGCUGCGUUGAGCUGCGCCGCAGCUGCAUUCUGCGUUCAUAGGGUGUUCUUCCAUCCGCUGGCCAAGUAUCCUGGUCCCUGGUUGGCAAAGAUCAGCAAUCUCUACUCUGGCUACCAUGCAUGGCGGGGUGAUCUGCACCUUGAUAUGUGGAAGUGCCACGAGAAGUACGGUGACUUUGUCCGAUACGGUCCAAACAGUCUCCUCGUCAACACAGCGGCUGGGCUUCAAGAUGUGUACGGCCAUGGCAAGAAUUUUAAGAAAGCUCAGCGUUACUUUGCUAUGGUGCACCGCGCUCCGAACACGUUGACCGUCAUCGACAAGACAAAGCAUGGCAAGAAGCGGCGGGUUAUCAGCCAGGGCUUCUCCGACGCAGCUCUGAAAGGCCACGAGCUUGUUAUCCUCGAACAGAUCAAACACCUCUGCACCCAGCUAAAGGCAGGCAAGGGCAAUCAGGCCACUCCCGCCGGCACAUGGUCGACACCCAAGAACAUGGGCAGGAUGACUGACUACUUCGCCUUCGACGUUAUGAGCAACAUCAUCUUCAACGUCCCUUGGUCCACCCUGCGCUCUCCCACAUACCGCUUCGUCCCAGAGGUCAUUGAAAAGUCCAACGUUCGAGUCGGCACCCUAGCCCAGUCCCCCGAAAUCACCCUCUUCCGCCUGGACAAGUACCUCUUCCCAGAAGCCAUCCGCGCGCGAGACAUCUUCAUCAAAUUCGUCGACGAAAUGCUCACACAGGGCAUCGAAGCCGCCGCCAAAACAGGCAAGGGCGUCUUCGCCAUCCUCGCCAACGCCAAAGACCCCGAAACCGGCCUUCCCCUGCGCAACCGCGAGCUAGGCGGCGAAAGCGCCACCCUAAUCGUCGCCGGCACAGACACCACAUCCACCGCAAUGGCUGCCUGCUUCUUCUACCUCUCCCACAACCAAGCCGCACUCGACCGCGCCACCGCCGAAGUCCGGAAUACCUUCUCCUCCCCCUCCGACAUCCGCAUGGGCGCCCAAAUGCACACCUGCACUUUCCUCCGCGCCUGCAUCGACGAAAGCAUGCGUCUCUCCCCCUCAGCCGCAAGCUCGCUCUGGCGCGAGGCCGAAACCCCCGGCGCCACCGUCGACGGCCAGUAUAUCCCGCCGGGCGUGGACGUAGGAACCUGCAUCUACAGCAUCCACCACAACCCAACCUACUACCCCGACCCAUUCACAUUCCGACCCGAGCGCUGGAUCCCGUCCGAGUGCGGAACCGUACACAAAGACGCAGAUGUGGGCGCCGCGCGCUCAGCAUUCAACCCGUUCUCGCUCGGCCCGCGCAGCUGCAUCGGCAAGAGCCUGGCGUAUGUCGAGCUGCAUCUGGCAUUGGCGAAUGUGCUCUGGGCUUUUGAUAUGCGGGUUGCGCGGGGGACAUUGGGGAGAAUUGGGGAGGGGAAUGUGGGCAAUGAGUAUGGGCGGCAUCGGGUCGAUGAGUAUCAGCUGUAUGACCAUUUGACGGCGGCGAAGGAGGGCCCGUAUCUUGAGUUUCGGCCGCGGGUUUAG